AUCUAUCUAUCUAAAAAAAAAUUCGGUGACUCAUUUGCUGCAAACAACUUUUUUAAUUUUAUUUUAAUUAUUUCAUUCAAAAAUAACUUUAAAAUGCAUACACACAACUAUGCACACACUCCCAAAUCAAUGCAUCUGACAUGAAAAGGAGCAGAGAGAGAGAAGAGUAAUCGUAUGCUAUCUGCCCCUUAAACUAUUAUAAUUAUUGCAAUUACAGUUAUUAUACAGAGAAUAUUGCAAUUAAGAUAUAAUUAACGUUUAUUUUUAAGAUAAAUUACAGAGGAAUGUUCCUUACUCUUCUAUAACAGCCAUCAAACUCGAAAUUAAAUAAAAAAAAAAACUGUUUUGAACGUCUGAAUGUGGAACAGGACAAAAUGAGGUCCAGCCAUGAGCCUUGCCUCUGUCUCUCGUCACUGAGACAGAGAGGAGAGGCGUGGGGAGGGACGUGGGAGGGGCCGAUAAGGUGAUAGUGCCGAGUUUAGCACUUUGCAACAUGAUCCACGGAGAGGCCGGGCUCUGCGGCGCUGCAUCCUGCCCCACCGCGCCGCAUGGAGACUGGAUAGAGCCGCGCUGAACCGGGGGAUGAGAAAGACGCAAGGCGGAUAGCGCUCCUCCUCAGUCGGACGGGCAGCAUCAGCGGAUCCGGACAAAGACGGAGUCAGGGAAACAUGACGGGAGGUGCGGCUGGUGCUCAUGAUGUCGGUCUGCGUCAAACCUCCGGUUCCGUCAGGAGAUGAAGCCCUCUGUGCCUCUUAAAGGACUUUUCGGGUCGGCCAGGCGCAGCAGGGGCCCACGCUAGAGUCUCCCACUAGUGACGGUGAUGGUCCCCCCCCACAUCUUCCGUGCUCCCAGCAUCUGCAUCGUGAGGAGAAAACGUCCAGUGGGAGUGGGGAUUAGAGGGAAGAUGCACACAUAACUAACAGGUUGUUUUGUUGCAGUCAACACCACAGAGAAAGCCAUUGCUAGGUUAUUUUAUUUUUUUAUUUUUAAGUUGCUUUUCGUCAUGAGUUCCCUGUUUUUUUGCGAACCUCCGCCCGGUCCGGUCUGCAGCGGCUCCGGCGCGGUGACCAGCGCCCUGCGCAACGACCUGGGCUCCAACAUCCAUGUGCUGAAGACCCUCAACCUGCGCUUCCGCUGCUUCCUCGCCAAGGUCCACGAGCUGGAGCGGCGGAACAAGCUGCUGGAGAGCCAGCUGCAGCAAGCCCUGCAGCGGCCGCAGUGCCGGCACCCGUUCGGCCGGGAGGUGGCCGUGCAGACGGACGGUCCCGAGUCCAGGAUGCCCGGAACCAUCUGGAGCUUCACCCACGUCCGGAGGCAAGGGGAGCGCUUCGAGACGCUCCACGGGCCCGGGGUGACGUGGACGCACCCGGACGGAGUCGGGGUGCAGAUCGACACCAUCACCCCGGAGGUGAGGGCUCUGUACAACGUGCUGGCCAAAGUGAAGCGAGAGCGAGACGAGUACAAGAGAAAAUGGGAGGAGGAGCUGUCCAAACGAGAGCAGCUGGAGUCCACUGUGGAAUCCCUACAGCAGAGCGCCCGGGAGUCAUCAGAGAUCCAGGAUGAGCUGAGCGAGAAGGUGGAAAGACUGAAGGCCGAGCUCGUGGUCUUCAAGAGCCUGAUGAGUGACAGACUGCAAAUGUCUGACCUGGACUCAAAGAUCCAGGAGAAAGCCAGGCGGGUGGACAUGGACAUCUGCAGGCGUAUCGACAUUACGGCCAAGCUGUGCGACGUGGCUCAGCAACGCAACUCAGAGGACAUGUCGAAGAUGUUCAACGUCAGCCCCGCCAGGUCCCUCCCAGAAAAGGGCGCCGCGGCGUGCUGCAGGAGAAAGGAGCGUAAGACCAUUUCCGACGAGGAGAACUCAGAGAUGGAUGCCGAGCCGAGCACCUCUGAGGAGGAGGUCCCCGGAUCGCUCAACAUCACCGACGAGAUGAAACGCAUGCUCAACCAGCUACAUUGUUCAGAUAACUCCUUUGUUGCCAGGCGCGAGACGUUCGACAUCGACGACGACUGCGACAGUCUGACGUGGGAGGAGAACGAGGACACCCUGUUGCUGUGGGAGGACUUCGCCAACUACAACAUGCCGUUAACCAUGGCCGCGGCGACGGCCACGGCCGCCUGCCCCGGCGACGGCAGCGCCGAAGCCGCCGAUCCGGAUUCCCAGGAUGGAAGUCUUGGAAGCCUCAUCGAUGAGACGGAGUCACUAUUUAAGAGCAGGGAGAAGGAGUACCAGGAGACCAUCGGGCAGAUUGAGAUGGAACUGGCCACAGCAAAGAGCGACAUGAACCGACACCUGCACGAGUACAUGGAGAUGUGCAGCAUGAAGAGAGGCCUCGACGUGCAGAUGGAGACCUGUCGGCGGAUGAUUAAAGGCGGCAGGAACUCUCCCUCUUUCAGCUCGGUGGCCAGCAGCGACUCAGGGAACACAGACGAGAUCCAGGAUGAGAUCUCGGACAAGGACGCGGAGGCUGAGGUGCCGCUCAGCUGAUGGCCGCCCCGGCUGCCGUUCGUCCCCGUCUCCUCUCCGGUUGUCUGCCUCGGUUAAUGGUUGGAGUUCAAAUAUGAGCAGAGCGUCAUCCUGGCUGGAGGUGGAACAAGCUUAACAAUGGUGCAGGCCCAGAACUGGUGCUUUUAUACUGUUUCCGCUGUUGGGGAAGUGGUGGUGGGGGUGUCUUUCGCUCCGUAAAGCGACGACACCGAGCUGUGCUCUCUUUCUUGCCGCUGAUUCCAGGGCUUCAAAUCAUUUUGCAGAGGAGAAAAAUAAAAAUAUUUUAAACAAGCUGAAGAGUAUUUUCUAUCAAGUUAAGAUCCUUUUUUUCUAAAGGAAUUGAAUACAGUACAUAUUGUACUCCUCUAAUCACCAGAACGAUUCCUAUCCAUCUCUUAGAUUGAGAGACGUGUGUUCCUGCUGAUUGAAAUACUCUCUUGUUUUUUUGUGUGAUUCGAGCCCAGGUGUUGUAUUUAGAGUCCAAAUUUACGUGUUUAAGUGUCUUCUGUCAGGGAGACAUAGAGAAGUGGAGGCAAAUGGUGUUGAAGUUCUGCUUGUUUCUGGGGGAAUUCUGCAGGCUUGCCAAAGUCAACAGAGGAAAGGAGCACAGCCUUUUUUUGUAAACGCACCGGUGCACUACUGACUUCUAUGCAAUUUAGCGAGCCUUAUUCCUUUUUUUUUUUUUUGGACUGGCUGUCACCCUUCUUAGCUUCUCUUACAGCCAUUUGCCUCGUUUAAAGAAAGCAGGUAUUUUUUCUUUUUUAUGUUGUACUGUCUUCGUUGGGGGGGCAUCAACUGGAACGGGACCCCUGAGGAAUGAGUGCUUUUUGCAAAAAGGAUUCAUAACCUGCAAACCUUUCCACAUUUUGUCACACCCAGCCAGGAACAUUUAUGUUUAAUCGGGAUUUUAAGCCACAGGCCAACACAAAACCUCCCUAAUUGUGAGGUAGAAGUAAUUACAUGGCUUUUCAUUUUUUUUUAUUCAUAUAAAAAUAAAUCUGAAAACUGUGCUGUGUACAGCUGCAUAUCAUUUGGACUACGUCUCCUCCAGCUUUGCAUUAGAGAUGCUCUUCUUUGGAAAACCGCCCAAGCUCAGUGAUUAUUUUAAGACCUACCAAAGUUCGGGUUGUUGUUCUGCUGCAAGGCGAACCUCCGCUCUGAUCUCAAGCGUUUUUGCAGCCUUUAGCAGGUUUCCGCUGCUGAAUAAAACAAUCACCAGAGCAUGAUGCUGCCACCACCAUGUGUGGAAGGUGUAUUCAUGGAGGUUUGGAUUGUUAGCAUCCCGCCACAUUAACAUUUUCAGUCCUUUCGGCUGCUCCCCGUUUCAGGGGUCGGUACGACCUUCCACGCAGACUUGGCAGAUCUUUCACACCGGAUGCCCUUCUUGACGCAACCGGGACUUGCACCCAGGGUACACUUAAUCCACAACACCACGGAGGGACCUGCACUAACAUUUCGCAUAUAGGCAAUACAUUUCCAUGUACAUUUCCAUCUGAUCUUCUAUACGGGUCAGAUUUGUUGCGUACACAACUAAUAAUUGUCCUGUCCAGGUUUGUGGCUCACUGCAGCUCCUCCAUAGUUCCCAUUGAACUUCUGGGCUGCUUCCUGUCCUGGCAGGAAGCGUCGUACGCCUUUCAUUACGGGUGAUUGAACAUCGCUCUGUUAGAUGUUCAAAGCUUGGGAUAUUACAUGUUAACAAUAACCCAAGCUAUUUUCCAAUAGUUGUAUUUCAUAAUUCAACCAGCUUUAAAACUUCUCCAGAUCUUUAGCCCUGACCUGUCUGCUGUCUUCCUUUUGGUCUCCAUAAUGCGGUUGGUUCACAGAUGUUCUCUUACUGACCUCUAAGGCCUUCAUCCAGCCUCCAGAUGGAUUUACGCUCAGAUUUAACAACAUAGAUGGACUCUUAUCUACUAAUACAGUGACUUCUGAAGGCAAAUUAGGAGUAUCAAGGGGCUAAAUACAAAAGCACGCAACACUUCAGAUUUUAUUAGAAAGAAUCAUUUUCCUUUCACGUUACAAAUCUGCACUACUUUCUGUUGGCCUGUCGCCUAAAAUCCCAAUACAACACACAGACGACUGUGGCUGUAAAAAAAAAAAGUGAGCCGAGGUUAUAAAUUAUUACUACUUUAGCAAGCCAGAGUAAUUGUUUGCCGCGGCGUUGCUUGCUGCUGAAGUAGGCAACGCUCUGCUGUGAUUCAGAUGCGUUUCACCGAGGAAACGCCACUCACGUGCCGUGCCGCUGAUUUGCACAAAACCGACACUUAGUUGCUUGUAAAAGAAUGAGGCAGAGGGGAGUUGGGCUGUAAGAAUCUGCAUCAUCAACAGCAAAAAACAACCCUCUUCAGAGUUUCACGCUAAACCAAAGGGCAUAUUUAAAACACAUUUCAGCCAUUUUGCUUGGGGGCGAUUGUCGUCCAUCUUCUGCUGCUCUGCAGAGUCCACUGCAGGCGAGGCGACUCCGUUUAGUGCUUGGUUUCUUUGGAACAGGGCUAGGAACGUUGGUCUGUGCUUGAGGUCUGCGAGCAUGUGAUCGUAUAUACCCCAGGGGCCUUUUUGUGUUUAUGUUUGUCGUUCUGCUGCAGACUGAGAACCUAAUUCAGCACAGAAACUAAUCAACGGAUGGCGAGCCCAUGGACGUGUUCUGUUUUAAUCUCCUGUUUAUUUCAUGGUUAAGUGUCAAUGACUGGAUCCCAGACUAAGAGCUACUUCUAUCUUGAAGUUUAAGGGGGGGGCAGAAACUGCUAAAGCAUGCUGAUGUGCAGAAAUUAAGCUAGGGGUCUUUUUUUAAUAUAUACUUUGAGCUCAAAAGCUGCAAUAGACGAUGUACUGUCAUAUUCGUUACAAAGUUGUACUUGUGGCGAAAGGUGUAUUCCUUUUUUGGGUUGUUUUUUUUGUUAACCACACUGUGUUAACCCUUAAACUGUGUCGCUACAUUUAGCUUUUAAUAACUUAAACACCUUUAUUUUUGUCAAACACUAACAGAUCACAAGACACAAUUAACACAACAGAACAGUGAAGAGCGGGCCUCGCUAAUGGAGAACAUUUCAAACAGAAACAAAACAAAAACAGCUAACAGAGCGCCUUUCUGUUGUUUCUACUGGACUUUGCUCACCUUUUUUAAUGACUGUAUGGCUGCAGCAUCCACGGACAGCAGGUCUGAUGCAUUUAUCGCUCCUCUGAUCUUCACACUAACCAGCCAACCAAAGCAAUCGUGUACAGUACCGUGAUGAAGAUGAACACCCAGAGUUAAUGACAGGGUUUCCCCCCUAACAUCUGUUAACUCCUGCAAACGACUGGAUGUCAGGUACAACAUCUCCACCCUCCCGCCACCUAAAAGCAGGUUUCCCCUUAUUUUCGUUCCAAAAGCUGUAGCGACUCUUCUUCGUUGAAUGUAGCUUAACUGGAAGCAUCUACAGACCUUAAAAAUAACGUAGCCGUUAAAAAAAUUAAUAAAAAAAAAAACGCAGGGAUACACGGUGUUUGCCUACCUGCUGGGAACCUCCAGUGAAAGUUUCCCUUCGCUGUUCCAAGUUCUCGAGCUCUCCACCAACAAGGCGUAUGUAAAUCUGCUGGAUGUGAAUGUUUCAUAUUAAAGAAAAAAAAAAAGGGGUUUUAUACGAGGAGUUUUUCAAUCAAUAAAGCGCAGGGGCUAUUUGGUUAACAGUUUAUCGUCGCUUGCAAACAUAUCUGUUGUUUUAGCUCCUUAAACGAGACAGGGAGGUCGAAGUCGCAGCGAUAUUUGGAUGAAAGCUGCCGAUGUCUAUCAGGUCCCAGUCUUUAUCUCUAUGUUUAUUUUUUUGCUCACAAUGUAACAUCUUUGUUUUAAUUACCCAUUGUUUAUCAUCUUUUAUUUAUAUUCUUUUCGUUUAGAUUUGUAAGUUUAUUAUUCUUAAUAUUUUUGUUGAAAUUAUUUAUACGGUGUACUCGUGUGGGUGUCGGGCAACGUUGGUUUCAAAAUGAUGUACUCAGUCGAUUUUGGGGGAAAAGUUAAAUAAAGCGGUGGAUUGGUUAAAAUUU